UUGUGACACAUUAUUAUGUGUGACAGUAUAGCCACACAUAAUUAAAUAUGUGUAGGUAAAUUCAUUUAACGGUUUUAAAUAAUUAAUGACAUUUAAUUAUGUGUAGGUAAAAAGAUUUAGUCACAUUUAUUUUUUAUUUUUAUUUUCCGUUUAACUCUUAAUAUAUUUUAUGCUGACGUGGAAAUUUUAGCCACACAUAAUUUGUGGCACAUAAUAAUGUGUGGCAAUACACCCACACAUAAUUGAAUAUGUGUAGGUAAAUUCAGUAGAUGAUUUUAAAUAGUUAAAGACACUUAAUUAUGUGUGGGUAAAAAGAUUUAGUCACAUUUAUUUUUAUUUUUAUUUUUUGUUUAAUUCUUAAUAUAAAUACAAUUACGCUGAUGUGGCAAAUUAAUAACAAUCAUUAGCUACAUCAUAAAUUUAAUUUAAGAUGUUAGAUUCAAAAUCUAGAAUAAGUAAUUCAAGUAUUGAAAUUAAAAUUGUCGGACAAGUUUCUCAAUCAUAAUUAAAAUUAAUUUCGUAAAGAUGAAAUGAAAUGAUAUAUAUAAAUUUACACUCAUGAAAAAUUAUUAAUUAUACUUUUCCAUGAAUAAUUGGUUAAAAAUUUAAAUAUGUUAUAUUAAUUAAUAAUAUUGUACUUUUUUAUGAAAGUUAUAUAUAAUAAAGCAAUAUACAAGUAUGAUAAUUGUUGCCAAAAAAUGCAAUUAUAUAAAAUUAUUGAAAACUAAAAGUCUAAAACAAACAUUUACCCACAAAAAUUAGAAAACAUUUUAUUUUACCGCUAUCUUCGCAAAAAGUUUUCAUUUUACCGCCAGAUACUAAAACCCUCCACAUAUUCGGCAGUUACUCCAAGCGAUCCCCACAUCCCUCUCCAAAUACUCCAAACAAAGCUCUAAUUUUUCCUUUCAUGGGUUGUUUAUCGGGAGACGACAGCGCGAGGAGGAUAGGCGAUGAGGUGCUGUUGAAGUUGAGGUUGGAGCAAGUGGAGGGGGGCGGCAACCUGGUGGUGGAUUUCGGCGAUCCAGGGGCAUUGGUGGGAGACGGCGUUGCGGCGGAGAGGCUCCUACCCUAGAUCUGGGUCAUUGUAUUUUUUUAAAUUUGAUUUUAGUAGUAUUAUUGUUAAUUGUUUGAUCAAUGUUUUCUUGAUUGUGGUAGAUUUUAGUCGUAGAAGGGGAUGAUCUUCUUAGGCUUUUUCUCACCAUGGAUGAAACUAACCUGCAAUAGCAAUUGGAGCAGCAUUUGGAAACUAUCUCUGAGCUUCAUCCAUUCCGGCUUCUUUGGGGGAAGAAGACAAGCUGAGCACUGGUUUGGAACUUCUUCUGCUUCUUUGCAUUCUCACACAUUAAUUUCAAGAAAGAAAUUUGGCUUUAAAUGCAUCAUAUUUCCUAAAAGCUGGUGGCCACUUUGUCAUAUCUAUCAAGGAGUAAUUCAAAAAGUUAUCAUGAUGGUUAACCAAUGUUCAACUAUUCUAAUGUACAAUGGAAUUGCUUUUGAUCAAGAGCUCGAAGAAAAAUUAUCAGUCCUAGAUUAAUCGCGAGUUGUAGAUUAAGUGCUUAGUUAUUUAGAUAUUUAUAAUUAUAUGUAGUUAGUCAUUUCGCACAUAUACUUUGAUUUUGUUGAAUAUUUUUAUGUAAAUGUUUUGUAUGAUAUUCUUGUUAAAUUUAAUGUGUUGAGUAUUAUAUUUAAUUUUUUAUUUUU